UUUAAGGAUGCAAGCAGCAGCAGCGGCAGUACAGCUUCUGUUCCCUCCUGAGCUCUAACAUCUUCGAAAGUUUCACAAAUUUUAGUUCACGCGCUUCAAGCUGUUUGCCUCUCGUGGUCUCCGAGUGCGGGAGGCAAAGGAAUCUGAAAUCCUCAGGCAGGGCUAAGGGCAUGGAUUUCAAAUAUGCAUUCUUUUCCACCAUGUUUUCCAUGCUUCUUUUCUGUUUCAGCGGCACACGCCUAUCUGCAGAACUGGAGCUGGCCCAGACAGCACUAGUGGAGGUCGAUGUUUCAUGGGAACUUUCGCGGAAGAUCCCUGAUACACUAUUUGGAUUAUUUUUCGAGGAAAUUAACCAUGCUGGAGCUGGUGGGAUAUGGGCAGAGCUUGUUGGUAACAGAGGGUUUGAAGCUGGAGGGCCCCACACCCCUUCAGAUAUCGACCCAUGGUCUAUCAUUGGAGAUGAUUCUUCUAUAUACAUCACAACUGAUCGUUCAUCUUGUUUCAGCCAAAAUAGUGUUGCUCUAAGGAUGGAGAUUCUCUGUGAUAACUGUCCAGCUGGUGGUGUUGGUAUUUACAACCCAGGAUUCUGGGGCAUGAACAUAGAAGAAGGAAAGGCCUAUAAUCUAGUCAUGUAUGUCAGAUCAUUAGAAUCUGUGGACUUGACUGCUUCUCUCACAUGCUCAGAUGGUUUACAAAAUCUGGCAUCAGUUUCUAUACAAGGUAUUGAUCUAUCAAAUUGGACAAAGAUAGAGAUGCAAUUAUUAGCUCAAGGAACAUGCAGAGCUUCAAGACUUGAAUUGACAAGUAUGAAAAGGGGUGUAAUUUGGUUUGAUCAAGUGUCACUGAUGCCUUCAGACACAUACAAGGGCCAUGGUUUUCGCAAGGAACUAAUAUACAUGCUUUUGGAAUUAAGGCCACAGUUCCUACGGUUUCCUGGGGGGUGCUUUGUUGAAGGUGAUUGGUUACGGAAUGCUUUUAGGUGGAGGGAAACUAUUGGUCCAUGGGAACAGAGACCUGGGCACUUUGGAGAUGUAUGGAAUUAUUGGACUGAUGAUGGCCUAGGAUAUUAUGAGUUUCUCCAGCUUGCUGAAGACCUGGGAGCUUCCCCUAUUUGGGUGUUUAAUGCUGGGAUCAGCCACCAUGAUGAAGUUGAUACCACUGUAAUUGAACCUUUUGUAAAGGAUGUAUUGGACAGUCUUGAGUUUGCAAGGGGAAGUGAAGAAUCAACAUGGGGCUCUGUUAGAGCCACCAUGGGGCAUCCUGAACGUUUCCCAGUGAAGUAUGUUGCUAUUGGAAAUGAAGAUUGUGGGAAGGAAUUUUACCGAGGAAACUACCUCAAGUUCUAUGAGGCUAUACGUGAGGCCUAUCCAGACAUUCAAAUGAUUUCAAAUUGUGAUGGAUCAUCUAGGCCACUUGACCAUCCUGCUGAUUUGUAUGAUUUCCAUGUCUAUACCAGUGCUGCUAAUCUUUUUCUCAUGAAGAAUAAGUUUGACAGGACAUCACGUAUUGGGCCUAAGGUGUUUGUCAGUGAGUACGCUGUCAAUGAACCAAAAGAUACUGGUAAAGGAAGCCUUCUUGCUUCACUGGCUGAGGCUGCUUUCCUUACUGGGUUAGAGAAGAAUAGUGAUGUUGUUCAGAUGGCAAGCUAUGCACCACUCUUUGUAAACGACAACGACCGCACCUGGAACCCAGAUGCGAUUGUCUUCAAUUCCUGGCAACAGUAUGGAACUCCUAGUUAUUGGAUGCAGACAUAUUUUCGUGAAUCAAGUGGUUCUGUGAUUCAUCCUAUUACGAUCAACUCCAGCUACUCUGAUGCAUUGGCUGCCUCCGCAAUCACCUGGCAAGACGCUGAGGAUAUCUUUCUGAGAGUAAAGAUAGUAAACUUUGGGCCAAAUGCUGUGAACCUCACAAUAUCUUCAAAAGGACUUCAAGCUGGUGUCAAUACGGCAAAAUCAACUGUGACUACUCUCACAUCCGGUAACUUGCUGGAUGAAAAUUCUUUUACUGAACCAAACAAGGUCGUGCCGGUAACAAACAUGCUGCCAGAUGCUUCAGAGGAGAUGCAAGCCUUGCUCGCUCCUUACUCAUUCACUUCAUUUGACCUCGCUCUGGAUCAGUACAGCAAGCUCGUAGCAGAGAUGUGAAGCAUUAAUGCUGCAUAGUUUUAUCAGACAAACAUGGUGAUUACAUGAAGUGUGGUACCUGAAUUUCAGAAAGCUAGCUGACUGCAUACUGCAUUCUGUUAUUUGCUAAUCACACCUCGUCUGAUCCUGCUGUUUUAUGACGCUGCAAGCACACUGUAAAAGGUCUCUCAAAUGAGUGAAACUACUAGCAAUGCUAAUAUUUAUAUCA